UGAAUUUAUUUGAGACAAAGAAAAAGGAGAGAACACAACACACAACACAAAAUGAUGGAGAAAUUUUUGUGAAUAAGACAACUCACCAUACCUUCUUCCAUUCCAAUAGGUCAAGCACAAUCACACCAUCACACAAUUUCUCCAUUGCUUUUUCUCUUUCCCUUUCUUCUCCAACCCAACCUUUUCUCUCUGCACAAACAAACUUAUUAGUCUCUCUAUCUCUCUUCCAACCGACCAUUCCAUAAUACACUCAUACAACAAAUGCAACUGUGUGAGUAAUUCUGUUUCUCUCAACAGAAUCCUUCUACCCCAGUUGUUUUUUAUGCUUAAAUUUUCCUUCUUUUUCACUCUACCUACUCAAUUUGCCGAGUUUCUCUCUAUUAAUGAACUGGGUUUUCUCUCCUUUUGACUUCCUGAGUCUGAGGUGAGGUCAUGCCACCGGCGCUGUUUGAUCCGUUGUCAGCGAUUACGGCCACCUCCGCGGACGCCGUUUUGAAGUCAUCGGCACCUGACAAUCGGCGAUUCCGGGAUCUUAGAGGGCUGCAGUGGCGGAUAAAUCUUGGCGUGUUGCCGUGUUCAACUUCGACUUCAAUUGAAGAUUUUCGUCGAGUCACGGCCAAUUGUAGAAGAAGGUAUGCUAGCUUGAGAAGGCGCCUUCUGGUUGAACCACAUGUUCCAAAGAAUGGAAGUAAUUCACCCAAUCUUGACAUUGACAAUCCACUUUCACUAAAUCCAGAUAGUACAUGGAGUCGCUUUUUCCGCAAUGCAGAGCUGGAGAGAAUGGUUGAUCAGGAUUUAUCACGACUAUACCCAGAACAUGGUAGUUAUUUUCAAGCACCAGGAUGCCAAAGCAUGUUGAGGCGAAUUUUGUUGCUGUGGUGUCUCAGGCAUCCAGAAUGUGGAUAUAGACAAGGAAUGCAUGAGUUACUUGCUCCUCUGCUUUAUGUACUGCAAUCUGAUUUGGAGCGUCUCUCAGAAGUUCGGAAGCUUUAUGAAGAUCACUUUACAGAUAGAUUUGAUGACCUUUUAGGUCAAGAGAAUGAUAUUUCUUACAGCUUUGAAUUUAGAAAGUCUCGAGAAUUGAUGGACGAUGGAUUUGAUUCCCAUGGAAAUUCCAUUAAAGUCAAUAGUCUUGAUGAACUUGAUCCUGAGAUACAGACCAUUGUAUUACUAAGUGAUGCUUAUGGAGCUGAAGGUGAACUGGGCAUUGUUUUAUCUGAGAAAUUCAUGGAACAUGAUGCAUACUGUAUGUUUGAGGCUUUAAUGAACGGGACUCAUGGUUCAGUUGCAAUGGCUGAUUUCUUCUCUUCCUCACCUAUAUCCGGGUCCCAUAGUGGCCUUCCUCCUGUGAUUGAAGCUUCUAGGGCACUGUAUUAUUUGUUGUCUCAGGUAGAUUCAUCUCUUCAUAGCCAUCUUUUUGAUCUUGGAGUUGAACCCCAGUACUUUUCUCUUCGAUGGUUGCGAGUUUUAUUUGGUCGGGAAUUUUCACUUGGCAAUCUUUUGAUCAUCUGGGAUGAGAUAUUUGCAUCCGAGAAUAACAGCAAUGGAAAAGGUUCUGAUGACUGUGAGUUCAGAAUCUUAAGUUCACCCCGUGGAGCAUUUAUCUCAGCCAUGGCAGUAGCAAUGUUACUGCAUUUAAGAUCUUCACUGCUUGCAACUGAAAACCCUACAAGGUGUCUCCAGAGAUUAUUAAACUUCCCUGAAGACAUUAAUAUCCAAAAACUACUAGAGAAGGCCAGAUCCUUGCAGGCUCUUGCUCUAAGUGUUGAUAUUUCAACCUCGUCACUUUUGUAUAUCGGGUUCCAUUACCAAAGUAAAUCGAAGUAUAGUAGAUCUGUGACCCUUCCAUCUGAAUCUCUGUCUCCGAAAGCUCCCCUGAGUUUGGUACCUGAUAGCUACUGGGAAGAAAAGUGGAGAGUUGCCCAGAAGGCUGAAGAACAAAGGCAAGAUGGUCUAGAAAAACAGGUUCCCACUCGGAAAAAGGGAUGGACGGAAAAAGUGAAAUUCAGUUUGAGAAGAGCAGAAUCUGACCCUCCUAGGUCAAGAUUUCAGAGUGGCAAAAAUAUUAGGCGCAAUUUGUUGCAAGAUCUGCGCAAGGCACUUGGCUCAGAUGAUGAUGCAGAGAAAAUGCAGCCAGAUGAAACCAUAUGCCAGAAUGAGAAUCCUUCUGAUGCAAUUCAAGUACAAGAAGACGGUAGCUUCAAUGGUGACAACAAUUAUUCAUCUGAUGAUAGAUCUCCAGGUGCACCUUUUGGCAGUGAGGAAGACUUGUCUAUAUAUUCUGACCCAACUAGCCCCCCCAAUGAGGCCAAUGAUGAUGAAAUAAUCUCAGGGAAAAUUAGUGUUGCAUCUAAUUCAUCCCUGGACGAACGCAAUGAAACAUCAGGCAUUAGUUCGCCAUUGCCAAUGCCCUAUCGUCCUCAGGACAUUUAUCAGACAUCGUUCUGCAAUACAGGAAAUUCUGAAUGCAAUGAAACUUCAGAUACCAGUCCCAAUGAUCAACCCCGUCCAAUCUCUGAUCUUCCUGAGAACAUUUCUCAGACAUUAAUCAGCAAUACACGAAAUUCUGAGCGCAAUGAUUCACCCCUUCCCAUCUCUUAUUCUCCUGACAACAUUUAUCAGACAUCAUUCUGGAAUACAGGAAAUUCUGAAUGCAAUGAAACUUUAAAUACCAGUCCCAAUGAUCCACCCCUAAAGUCAGGGUGCAAUAACAAUAAUGCUGAAAAUAAAGCCACACCUCCUAAAGAGAAAAAGCAUAAUAAGUUCCAGUGGCUUUGGCCCUUUGGACGGAAUACUGUUGAGGCUAUAUCUGAGAAAGCUGGUGGUAGCUCUCAAAAUAGUGCUCCACAAGCCACCUCAUCCACAACCAAUGACCAUGGUGGUUCUGUUAGCUCCAGAGGAGAAUCGGUAGACCAGAAUGUUAUGGGCACUUUGAAGAAUAUUGGGCAGUCUAUGCUUGACCAUAUUCAGGUAAUUGAAUCUGUUUUCCAACAAGACCGCAAAGGCCAGGUCACUGCCAUGACAGCUCUCAAAGAGCUUCGGAAAAUUAGCAAUCUUUUGUCAGAGAUGUAGAUGAAUCGUGUAUAUAUAUAUAUUAUAUAUAUAAAUAAUGUGAUUACAAUUCAUUAGGGCCAACGGAAUUAAGUUCUUCUGCUUCUUUCUGAACUCCACCAAAAUUUUGCAGAGAUGAAUUUGUAAAUAUAUUUAUUCGGGUUUCAUAAUAAACAGACUUGCAUUUAUGAUUA